UAAUCACGAGGAAAUAAAGAAAUUUGGGGCUAAUCAAGAAUUUAGCACAAAGAAAAAACCUGAUUCCCUCUUCCACCACAUCUUCACCAUUCCGCUAACAUUGUUUUGGCGCGGGAAUAUUUCAUUAAAAAAAUUUUGGUUGGUGUGCAAACUCACAUCGAAGAUUUCAAAAAAAUCCAUGUGGGAACACGUUCAACCUCCCAACAGCAAAGACGAGUCGAUGCCUUCAAAAAUGAUUAAAGGAAUUGAAAACUUCAUGCUGUACAUUUUCAUUUACACCUAUGCGGUUAUUUCCGGGAUACUCUUCGUUGGGAUACCACUUUUGAAGGUUUGGCUGAUUAAAAGAGAAAACAUGGGAAGGUUCAAGGAUCGAUCUGAUGUAUCGGAGAAAUUGGACACGCUCGAUCCUCACCACGGAAAACACAGAACUCUUGUCGUCGAUGGGAACACGUUUCAUUAUGUCGAGGCCGGCAACGUUAAUGGUCCAUUGAUCCUAUUUCUUCACGGUUUUCCUGACUUCUGGUACAGCUGGAGAUAUCAAUUGGAAGGUUUAAAAGAAACGGGUUAUCACUUGGUAGCCGUUGACAUGCGUGGAUACGGUGGAAGUCAUAAGCCGAGAGAAAUAAACGAAUACAAUUACGACCACCUGUUAGGGGAUAUUCGUGGAUUCAUACAAGAGUUAUCGCCUAGUGGGCGCGCUGCAUGCGUAGUCGGUCAUGAUUGGGGCGGUGUGCUGGCUUGGCAAGCCGCUGCGCAGAGCUGGGAGUGGGAUCAUGCAGAUCAAUCGGGUUACAUCGAACGACUUAUAAUCCUGAAUGCACCGCACACUCUGGUCUUGAGAAAUAGUAUACUCCAGAAAUUCCUUGACUUG